AUGGCUCAAGCCAACAACGAUAUUUCUCUUCGUAUUAUAGAAGACGAAGAAGAAGAGAACCGAGCCUAUGCCACCCAAUUAUUAACCUCCCUUUCACUACCCAUGACUAUGCAGGCAGCCAUCGAUCUCAACGUAUUUGAGAUCAUAUCUAAGGCCGGUCAUGGCGUGAUGCUCUCCCCUUUAGAGAUUGUAUCUGAAAUCCCUUGUAAGAAUCCUAUUGCACACGUCAUGCUUGAACGAAUACUCAAGCUUCUCACUAGCUUCAAUGUUUUGACAACAACUACCACCAAUGGCGAGCCACGAUAUGGAUUGGCUCCUGUGGCGAAAUAUUUUGUGAAGAACGAAGGAGUUUCCUUUGCACCAUUCAUGACAGCCUUUCAUGACAAGGUCAUGGUUGGAAGCUGGUUAGUAUUGUUUGUUCUACAUUAA